CUGAGUGGACCAUUUUUAACCGGCCAUUGCCGACUACCCACAGGAUGGCUGGGAUUUGCUUGGUAGACCAUCAAUAUCACACCUACAAUUUUCAGAUCAAAGCCAAUUUUGGACCAUUGGAUGAAUGGUCUGGAUCAAAAGGUGAAAAUUUUCCCACAACAAACAUCAUCAUCCAUCUAUCCAGCUUCCUAUCUACUCCAUUUACUGAAAAUCUCUAUUUCUGCUGUUACCUCUCAGGCCAGGGCAGGAAGCCAUGGACUACAUCGAUGACUACUUGCUUUCGGAUAUCCUCUCUCGCCUACCCGUAAAGACUCUUGCCCAGCUCAGGUGCACCAACAGAAGUUGGUACCAUUUGAUCUCCAAUCCUCAUUUCACCGUUAUGCAAGCUUGUACAUCAACUCGGUACGUCCUAGGACUCUUCCACGUCACUUCAGAUCAGAUGGGUGGAAGGGUCAUAUAUCUACCUCUAGAAAUUAAUGGUGCAAUCGACACACCCAACACCCAUCGACUCGGGCAUCGAACUUCAAUAGUCGCUUCUUGUAAUGGGCUUCUCCUGUGCUGCAUAGCAGCUCCAAUAAUCGCCACAAGUACUGUGUAUAUAAUCUGACGACCGAGACCCUACGAGUUCUUUGGAGUUCUGGGCCCACUAAUUCCUAUACUCGGUUCGGAUUAGCCGCCGAUCCCAGUAUUUUCCCAAUGAGUUACUAUAGAGUGGUUUGCGUCAAUCUGACAUUGCAGACAGCGGAUUCAAGUGUCUACAGUUUUAAGAUAUUAUCUUCAGAGACCCGCAAGUGGAGAAUGUCAAAUGAGAUAUUGUCUUGCGAACCAAGUCAGUUCUUGAAUAUGGUGGUACCCAUUUUCUUCAAUGGGGCUCUACAUUGGCUCAGGGAGUUGGGGGACAUCGUCGCAUUCCACAUAGAGAAAGAACAUGCUCAGACAAUCAAGUUACCGCAAGGAGUACGGGCUUUACCAAUCGGAGGAUACUCAAAUGUAUGGUUCGGAUCAAUAGAUGGUUACAUAAAUCUGCUUCAAGUUUCACGAGGCGAAAUGGUGAUUUGGGUACUGGAAGAUUUAGACAAUGUGAAAUGGCAGAAGAGACGUAGAUUUCAGAUAGAAGGAAUGAAACACCACAGAAGGAACAUCCCACUCUUCUUCAAUGGUAAACAGAUUGUAUAUUCAUCCAAGUCGGACUGGGGAGUGCACUUCAAGUUCUAUGUCUAUAACAUACAGAUCAAUAGAACAGAGAAGAUCGUGACGUCGGACGAAUGGAUGGAUCAUUGUCGGAUUUUUUUUCAUUAUAUCAGUAACAUGGUGGGGGUUUUCUAAGCAAUGUCUAAUGUAGAGGUUUAAGCUACUAUAAUGGUUUGAACAAUGGUAGGCAUAUCGAAAUAGAAGACGGUGACAUAGUGUUAAAACACAACAUGAGAUCUGUAUCAUGUUUCUAGUACUAAAUUAGCCGAUGCAAAGUAAAAUAUACACCAUUAUCCAGUGCAUAAUCAACCAUACAUGGCCCACUCUCGAAAGGAUUUCUGGGUAGUGAAAUGCCAUCUCUUAGGCAUGGUAUGAUCUCAAGAUCCUUUUCGAAAUGGUGGUGAAUGAUCAACUACACAUCAGAAAAUGGUGGACCAACCAUUUUAUCUGAAAACAAAGAAGGAUGAGUGCUAAGGGAGCUGUUUGGGUAGGGUAACAUCUAAAUUUGGCUAUGGAAAACCCUCUUGGAAGUAAGUCAAAGAAGAAAACAGUGGAAAUUUUAAAAGGGCAACCUGUCAAUAUACGUUUCU